AUGGUGAUGGUGAUGGUGAUGGUAGAAAAGGAGGAGGGAAGGAGAGCGGAGGGAGAGAGAAGGGAGAAAGGAGAAAAAAAAAAAGAGACAGGAAGAAGAAAGAAACAGAAGAAAGAAAGAAAGAAAAAGGAAACAGAAAGAAACAGAAGAAAGAAAAGAAAGAAAAAAGGAAAAAGAACGAAAGAAGAUAAAGAAAGAAGAAAAGAAAGAAGGAAAAGAAAGAAGAAAGAAAGAAGAAAGACAGCACGAAGAAAGAAAGAGAAGAAGAAGAAAGAAAAAGAAAGAAACAAGAAAGAGACGACAAGACGACGAAAGAAGCAAGCCCGCAUCCCGCCAGACAGCCAAAGAUAA